GCCGUGAAGCGUGCAGCUUGAUUCUGGUCCUUCCUCAGCAUCUCUCUCACCCGUCCGCCUCCCCCUCCCUGAGCUCGGCGCCAUGGACGACGUGCCCCCGAUCAUCAACAUCUCCAUCGCGCUGCGGAUCCAGCCCAACGACGGCCCGGUCUUCUUCAAGGUGGACGGGACCCGCUUCGGCCAGAGCCGGACCAUCAAGCUCCUCACGGGCUCCAAGUACAAGAUCGAGGUGGUGCUGAAGCCUGGAAACGUCGAGGCCACCAACAUGAACAUUGGAGGCGUCGUCUUCCCGCUGGAGCAGCAGUCCAGGGACGACGAGUCGGUGGUUUACCACGGCCAGUACGACACCGAGGGCGUCCCGCACACCAAGAGUGGCGACCGGCAGCCCGUCCAAGUCAGCAUAGAGUUUAUCAAGGCGGGGACGUUUGAGACGGUGUGGCAGGCCAAAUACUACAACUACUACAAGAGGGAGCACUGCCAGUUCGGCAACAAGUUCAGCAGCAUCGAGUACGAGUGCAAGCCCAACGAGACGCGGACCCUGAUGUGGAUCAACAAGGAGGCGUUCAACUGACUCCGCCCACUGAACCCCGCGCAGAGGACGCCGGUCUUGCCGGGACUACCUUUGAACAUCAGCAUCGCAGUGAGAGACGGCACCUCCUGCAGGCGGGCGUUGGGUUGGCGGGGUCUGCUCUUUGUGCUCUUUGAUGACCUCUGAGGGAGUAACAAGCUGUUUCGCACGCUGGUCUCUGUGAGGGCGGGGUUUCAGCAGUCAGAGGGUUAACUUAGCUUCUCAGCUGGUUUCAGGCGUUUGACAAACAUUCACUUUCUGACUUCCUGUCAUCAGGCUGAACGUUCCUGUGGAAAGUUAAAGGAACAGUCGGACAGGUUGAGAUCCGAGCUCAUCAGGAAGCUUCGGAGACGAAGGCUGACGCUUCAAGUCUGUGUCCAGCACACGUUCGAGGCAGGAACUGAGACACUCGUUAGUUUGGUUAGUUUGCAGCUCUGGGUUCAGCAGACGGGCGCUGCUUUCAGAUCAGGCUCUGAUACUCUACGCUUAAAUAAAACACCUUGAGAGGAGCAAAGUUGUUAGCCGGUGCUACAUAAAUGACAUUCACUUCCUGUGCUCGAUGCACAGACUUGAAAGUCGUCUCAUCUCCUCAGACUUGAAGAAAUCUGACUGUUCCUUUAACACUGAAACCCCCUCAGACUGAAGCCCAGCGUGGGAAACAGCUGAAGUAUUUUAUCUUAUUUAUUACCUGUGUGAACGUCUGAGAGCAGAGGAUGAGAGGAUGGACGUCACUUUUCUCA